CCUUCAUUUCCUUUCCUUUUUGCUCCUUCUGUUAACCUUUUUCCCCCUCCGCCCUCUCUCUCAACAAAUUUUUCCUUCUCUUUCUGUUUGGCUCUAGAUUUCAUCGUCUCUAUCAUCGCGCUCCGCCCAAGGGAAAAGGAACAAGGAACAAGGAAGAAGAACAAGAAGAAGAAGUAUUGGUUACGUUUCUAAUUUCUUCAAGUCAGCAUAGAGGAUUAUCGCGUAUUUGAAACACAUUUUUCCUUCCUCAAAGGUCGGAUAGCAAAUAAUGUUGGGCGAAAUUUUAUAAAUGCUGUGCUGCUUUGACAAUGAAAAGUUUUCAGGAAGACUGCGCUUGAUGGACUGCUCAGCAAACAGUAGCGACAAAAAAACAUUGAAGCGUUGGUUUUUCAUUGAUAAAAGAGUUGGUUGCUGUAUGGACUUGACAUCAAAUCACGCUUCUCCUGUUCUCACUGAACCUGCCCCAAUGAAUAAAUCUAGACUAGGAAUCCAUUCUGCUAUUUUACCUUAUUCUCAACCGGCUGGUUCCUUUUCCCCAAGUAAAUAUAUCACUAUUCCAAGGAAAAAGUCUGGAAAGUUUGAUGAUGUAUGGUCCAAUGGUUGGUUGGAUGCAAUGAAAUCCUCUUCUCCUCCUCGGAAGAAGCUAAUUAAGGAUUCAGACGAUGAUACUGAUGUUGCUUACAGCUCCUGGAUGCUAAAAUAUCCUUCAGCACUUGCCUCUCUCGAGCAAAUUACCAGUUAUGCAAAAAAUAAGAAGAUAGCUGUUUUUUUGGACUAUGAUGGGACCCUUUCUCCCAUAGUAAAUGAUCCAGAUUGUGCUGUUAUGUCUAAUGCUAUGCGUUCUGCUGUAAGAAAUGUUGCCAAAUAUUUUCCAACUGCAGUUAUUAGUGGAAGAAGGAGAGAAAAGGUUUUUGACUUGGUAGGACUAACUGAACUCUAUUAUGCUGGUAGUCAUGGGAUGGACAUCCUUGGCCCCGUGAGUCAAACAGUGCUGAAUUCCCAUCCCAACUGUAUUAAAUCUACUGACCAACAGGGUAAAGAGGUUAAUCUGUUCCAGCCCGCAAGGGAGUUCUUACCCAUGAUAGACGAGGUUUUUGGAACCCUCGUUGAGAAGACAAAAGAUAUUAAAGGCGCAAAAGUUGAACACCACAAGUUUUGUGCCGCUGUACAUUACCGCAAUGUAGAUGAGAAAAACUGGCCCACAAUAGCACAGUGUGUUCAUGAUGUACUAAAAGACCACCCACGUUUACAAUUAACACAUGGGCGGAAAGUUUUAGAGAUCCGUCCAGUAAUUGAUUGGAACAAGGGAAAAGCAGUUGAAUUUCUGCUUGAAUCUCUCGGAUUAAACACACGUGAAGAUGUGCUCCCUAUAUUUAUUGGUGAUGACAGCACUGAUGAAGAUGCUUUCAAGAUGUUGCGGGAGAGAAAUCAGGGGUACGGCAUCUUGGUGUCUUCUGUGCCAAAAGAGACCUACGCAUUCUACUCCCUCAGGGAUCCCUCAGAGGUAAUGGAAUUCCUGAGAGGAUUGGUGAGAAGCCGUAAGAAGGUGUGGGGCCAUGAAGCCGGAAGAAAUAAUUGUUGAUUAGGUAAAAAAAAAAAAAAAACAAAAAAAGAAGAAUAAUAGCCGUAGUUUAGAGUAGGGGAUGAUUGAGGUUGAAAAGUUUGUAUGUUUUUUUUGGUAAUAAAUCCAAGGAGUCUGUUUUAUUUAGGUUGCGGGGGUUUGGAUGACUACUACUGCUACUUUGUGGGUGGGUCUACUACUGUUAAGCCAUUUCAGAAAUGUGUCCACAUGUUUACCCUUAUUUAUUUCAUUAUUUCAACUUGUCCUCUCCCGCUCUGUAUGUAUGUAUGUUGCCUUCCUUGGUAGUGGAAUGAAUGUAUGAGGCUACUACUA